AUGAUUUUUUGGAAAACUCGAAAAAUUGGGUGUGUUAUAAAGAAGAAAUUUGGAAUUGUUUGUAAAUAUCAAGAAAUUUUGGAAGAAAAUGUGAAACAUGUGAUGGUGAUCAGAGAUGAAACAGAGAAAGAAGGUGAGUUGAAGAAAAAAGUGUCAAUUAUGUUCACAUGAAUUUUUUUGGGCAAAAAAUGCAAUUCUUUAAUUUUUGAGAAAGCCAUUCCAACUGAUCUUUUUUGAGAAAGCCAUCCCAACUGAUCUGUCUUUAGGCAGCCAAUUUCGGCACCACUCAUUUUUCUGCAGACCUCACUUACUUUUGCAGAACAAGUCCACCAGGAUAUUGAUAAACUAGUCAAUCCGCAUGAACAUCGAGAUUAUUGGGAAAAAAAGAAGGCCGAAGAAAAAGCAGAAAAAGAAAGAAUUGAUCGAGAAAAUGGAAAAAAUAGCUGUGUUCGUAGUUUUGAAAAUGCUCGAAAAAAGAUGUGUUCGGCUGAAUAUGAUUUAAUCGAAUUCUUGGUUCGAUUCUCAAAAGUUCCUGAAAAUCAGGAAAAAAAAGUUAGAGAGAAACUCGCGCAGAAUUUUACAUUUGUUAAUUAUACUCGUGAUGGUCAAAGUGUUGUGCUAAAUAAGACAAUAUUUUUGAAAGAGUUGGCAUCUGUAUUAUACAAUUCGGAAUGGAGAAAUUGGAUUUUGGGAUAUGAAACAAACCACAAAAAAACCAAAUGUUUGGUAUUGACAUUUAGAGAUGGUUCUGAAAAUUUCAGCUUUUUAUAUUUGAUGGUUGAAUUUAGAACAGAUAAAUCUCUGAAGAUUACUGAAGCAAAAAUUGAAAAUCAAAAUUAUUUGAAUUAUAAUGAUCCUAAUAUUGAUUAUAUUAUUAAUUGGACUAUGUUAAAAAGACAUAGUAAUCCGAAAGUAUAA